AAGGCUGAUCAUGACCAAUUGAAUAAAUUCCCCAUUGGAAUCAAAAUAUUUUUCUGUUAUCUCUGAUGUCGCAGCCUUUACUCGAUUUUCUCACUUCACCUCACAUAUUGGCGGCGUCUUCCUUUUUCUCCCAUUACCUUUCAAUAUGCCUUCUCGGUUGUUAUCACCUAGCAUCCUCCGAGCAUGUCGGAGGAACUACUCUACAUCUAGCACCGUCCCUCUAGCGUUUGAUUUGCACGAACCGGCCAACCCCUCUUCCAAUGCUCCGCGAGCCAUCAUCUUCAUGCAUGGUUUAUUCGGAUCCAAGAAGAAUAACAGGAGCAUUAGUAAGUGAGCUUUCCUUAGCAUUCAUUUUAUCGCCUCUCCGGUUCACUAACUUUUAAUUUCAGGGCUCUCGCAAGAGAUCUAGGAAGACCUGUCUAUGCUGUUGUGAGUCAUAUCCCUCGAGGAGCUUUGAAGAGUAUAUAUUGAGGAUAGAUAGGAUCUGCGAAAUCAUGGCGACUCCCCGCAUCACCCCAAACACGAUUAUACGGCUAUGGCAGCCGACGUAGCUGAAUUUAUAAACGAGCAUAAGCUCACUGGGCCAACACUGAUAGGCCACUCAAUGGGCGCAAAAACUGCAAUGGCCCUGGCACUCAAGUCUCCAGAAGUGGUUGAGGAUAUAGUAUCCGUAGAUAAUGCGCCCAUUGAUGCGGCACUCCUCACUAACUUCGGAAAAUAUAUCCAAGGAAUGAAGAGAAUCGAAGAGGCAGGAAUCUCCAAACAAAGUGAAGCGGAUAACAUCUUGAAGGACUAUGAGAAAGAGCUUCCUAUCCGCCAAUUCCUCCUCGGAAACCUCGUGCGCACGGAAGACAAGACCCAGAAGUUUAAGGUGCCUCUUAAGAUCCUCGGGGCUGCAUUGGAUAACCUUGGUGAUUUCCCAUUCAAGGAUCCAGAUUCGAUUCGCUUCAAUAAACCUACCCUAUUUAUUCGGGGAACGCAAAGCCAUUAUGUGCCAGACGAAGCACUUCCUAUAAUAGGGAAAUUCUUCCCUCGAUUUGAACUUGCCGACAUAAAUGCUGGGCAUUGGGUAAUUUCUGAGAAACCGGAGGAAUUCAGACAAGGUUUGUCCUUUCAUUCUUGGGCGCCACUAUGAGGACUUUCGCUAACUGACGUGAAAAUAGCCGUUGUGGAAUUCUUGAAACCAAAGGAAUAGAAGGAUAGAAAUGUACAGUCUAUUGUGCAUAUGUAAAAGGGUAUCUGUUAUAAUCCCAUGCCACCCAAAA